CCGUUGGCCACGUGACAGGGCGUUGCCAGGGGAGGAGGGCGGUGAACGGUCGGACUGCUGUCAGUCGGAGCCGCGUCUCGAUGCAGAUCCACGACCGAGUGUUGAAGCAGGAGAUGGCGAGGCGAUGAGGGACGUGUGAUCCCACCUCUCCCUGACGGACGCCCAGUGCCUGUGGGAUGGCAGCAGUCUGGCAGCAGGUUCUCGCCGUAGAUGCCAGGUACAACGCCUACCGAACCUCCAACUUCCCGCAGUUCCGCACCCAGUACAUCCGGCGGCGCAGUCAGCUGCUGCGGGAGAAUGCCAAGGGCGGCUACAACCCCCUGCUGCGCCAUCAGUACCUGAGACUGCGCAGCCUCCUCCUCGCCCAGCGCUACGGAGCCCUGUCCGAGCAGAGCAGCUUCCGCGCCCACAGCAACAGCGUCCGCAGCAGCCGCACCACUCUCGACCGCAUGGAGGACUUCGAGGACGAGCUGCGCACACAGGGCUCCCGGGGCCACCGGCGCUCGGUCAGCAGGGGCUCCUACCAGCUGCAGGCCCAGAUGAACCGCGUGGUGUACGAGGAGAAGCCCCCAGGCAGUCUGGUGCCCACGUGCGCGGCGGAGGCAAGCCGUGCCAUGGCUGGUGACACCACCCUGAGCGAGAACUACGCCUUCGCUGGCAUGUACCACGUCUUCGAUCAGCACGUCGACCAGGCUGUGCCCAAGGUGCAGUUUGCCAAUGAUGACAGGAACCGGCUGGCCUGCUGCUCCCUGGACGGCACGGUCUCCAUUUUCCAGCUGUUGCCCAGCCCUCCAUCAGUGCUGCUCUCCCUGCGGGGGCACUCUCGUGGCGUCACUGACUUCGCCUGGUCCCUCUCCAACGACGUCAUCGUCAGCACCUCCCUCGACGCCACAGUCCGUAUCUGGGCCACCGAGGACGGCAAGUGCAUCCGUGAGAUUCCGGACCCCGAGGGCGCCGAGCUGCUGUGUUGCACCUUUCAGCCCAUGAACAACAACCUGACCGUGGUGGGUAACAGCAAGCAGAACGUCCACGUGAUGAACAUCUCGACGGGGAAGAAGGUGAAGGGGGGGUCCAGCAAGCUGACAGGGAGGGUCCUUUCACUGUCCUUUGAUGCUCCAGGACGCAUCCUGUGGGCCGGUGAUGAUCGUGGUAGCAUCUUCUCUUUCCUCUUCGACAUGGCCACAGGAAAGCUGACCAAGGCCAAGCGCCUGGUGGUGAACGAGGGCAGCCCCAUCACCAGCAUCUCAGCCCGGUCCUGGAUCAGCCGUGAGGCCCGAGACCCCUCCCUGCUCGUCAACGCCUGCAUCAACAAACUACUGCUCUACAGGGUGGUGGACAACGAAGGAACUCUGCAGCUGAAACGUACCUUCGAGAUCCAGCACAGCUCCAACCCCGUCCGCAGCAUCUUCUGCCCCCUCAUGUCCUUCAGACAGGGUGCCUGUGUCGUCACAGGCAGUGAGGAUAUGUGUGUCUACUUCUUCGACGUGGAGCGUGCCACCCGUGCCAUCGUCAACAAACUGCAGGGCCACAGCGGGGCUGUGCUGGACGUCAGCUUCAACUGCGAUGAGAGCCUGCUCGCCUCCAGCGACACUAGGGGCAUGGUCAUCAUCUGGCGCCGGGAGCAGAAGUAACCACAGCCAGGACGAGUGGUCGAGGAUCUCCCCCUUUCCCUCUCCCUCCCUCCCGAUCGAGGGUCUAGGGAGGGCAAAAGGUGUGGACUCUCCUCUUGACGAUGUCCCUACAACCGGUAACCUGCAGGGAAAUCUGCAUCCUCCCCCUAGAAAGAGUGGAGGGACUGAGGAGAUCACAGCAUGAUCCCAGAGCACUUCCCCCACCUGGCUGUUCAGGGUGAUUGCAGGGCACAGCCAGAUCCUCCAACCUCUCCUUAUCUACUUCCCCUCACCCUGUACAGAGACAGGGAACCUUCCCCCCCCCCCCGCCCUUUCUCUGUGCAGAAUCGGGGUAACUGAGCUGACCGGGGUAGGAGAGUGGGUUAACAAAAUUGCACAGGCCUCUUCACUUCUCCUGCCACCAGGGUCUCAACCUGGUGCUCUCCAAUCCUUGUAAAUAGUUGCCUGUCUCCAUUCCCACCCCCUUCCCAGGGAGCCAGAUCUGUGGAGAUGAGGGUGAAGUGUGCCCACAAAUAUAUUUUGACUCUGCUAAUUUAACACAAGCUUCCAUGAACACGGACAGCAGACCAGACCCACCCACAGCAUUAGGGCAGUUGAACGCGAAGAGUGGUGAUGGGGGCAGAUCGUCGGGAUUUCCGUCUGUGAAACUGCCCGUGUGUUUGUAGAAAUAGAUGUGAAGAUGUUCACCACUGUGUAUUUUAAUAAACAUUAAUUUAUGCGUCA